UCGCGACCUUCUUCCUCCCUCGCAGCCCGGGUCCCGGAGCGCGGGGCGGCCACGCUGCUGAAGCGCCGGUCGCCUGGCCACGAGCACGUGCUGCCCAGGAAGUCGCCCCGGGCUGCGGUGUCCGGGGAUCUCAGGUUCUGUGUGGUAGCUCAGAAUGAUGAAUCAAGCCAGAGCCACGUUCUCGAACUUGUUUGGAGGAGAACCAUUGUCAUAUACCCGGUUUAGUUUGGCUCGACACGUAGAUGGGGAUAAUAGUCAUGUGGAGAUGAAACUGGCUGCCGAUGAGGAAGAAAAUGCUGACAAUAACAUGAGGGCCCAUGUCAAAACACCGAGAAGGUGCACCGGAAGCAUCUGCUAUGGAGCUAUCGCUGUGACCAUCUUUUUCUUGAUUGGGUUUAUGAUUGGGUACCUGGGCUACUGUAGACGUGUAGAACCAAAGGGUGAGUGUGAGAGACCCGUGGACACAGAGAUGAAAGGGUCAGAAGAUCAGGAGCUGGAAGAAGAGGUGGUCCUUGAAACACCUGUGCGCCUGUACUGGGAUGACCUCAAAACAAUGCUGUCAGAGAAACUCAACCCUGCGAAGUUUGGCAGCACGGUCAAGCAGCUGAAUCAAAAUACAUACACUCCUCGGGAGGCUGGAUCUGCAAAAGAUGAGAAUCUUGCCUAUUUUGUUGAGAAUCAGUUCAAUGAAUAUAAACUCAGCAAAGUCUGGCGGAAUGAACACUAUGUGAAGAUUCAGGUCAAAAGCAGCACUACUCCAAACUCCGUGAUUUUGACAAGUACAAAUAAUGACCUGGUGUACCUCGUGGAGAAUCCUGAGGGUUAUGUGGCAUACAGCAAGGCUGCUACAGUUACUGGUAAAUUGGUUCAUGCUAACUUUGGCACUAAGGAAGACUUUGAGAAUUUAAACACUUCGGUAAAUGGAUCUUUAGUGAUUGUAAGAGCAGGGAAAAUCACUUUUGCAGAAAAGGUUGCAAAUGCUGAAAGCUUAAAUGCACUUGGUGUCUUGAUAUACCUGGACUGGACUAAGUUUCCCAUCCCUAAGGCAGACCUUCCAGUCUUCGGUCAUGUUCAUCUAGGAACAGGUGACCCUUAUACACCUGGGUUCCCUUCUUUCAAUCAUACUCAAUUUCCACCGUCUCAGUCAUCUGGAUUACCCACCAUACCAGUGCAAACUAUCUCCAGACAGGGUGCAGAGAAGCUGUUUGCAAAUAUGGAAGGGGAGUGUCCCGUCAGCUGGAGAACAGACUCUUCAUGCAGACUGCAGUCAAAACAGAACGGGAAUGUGAAGCUCACUGUGAACAAUGAGCUGAAAGAGAUAAAAAUUCUUAACAUCUUUGGAGUAAUUAAAGGUGUUGAAGAGCCAGAUCGCUACGUUGUGGUGGGAGCCCAGAGGGAUUCCUGGGGUCCUGGAGCUGCAAAGGCCAGUGUGGGAACUGCUCUGCUCUUGGAACUUGCCCGGACAUUCUCAGAUAUGGUCUUAAAUGGUGGAUUUAAACCCUGUAGAAGCAUCAUCUUUGUCAGCUGGAGUGCUGGAGACUUUGGAGCUGUUGGUGCCACUGAAUGGCUAGAGGGAUACAUUACUUCUUUACAUUUAAAGGUUGUCACUUACAUUAAUUUGGAUAAAGCUGUUCUUGGUACUACAAACUUUAAGGUUACUGGCAGCCCAAUGUUGUUUAAACUUAUUGAAAAAACGAUGCAAGAGGUGAAGCAUCCACUUACUGGAAUGUCUCUAUAUAAGGACAGCAACUGGGUCAACAAAGUUGAGAAACUUUCUUUUGACAAUGCUGCUUUCCCUUUCCUUGCAUAUUCUGGAAUUCCGGCAGUGUCUUUCUGUUUUUGUGAGGACACAGACUACCCUUAUUUGAGUACCACUCUGGAUACCUAUGACACACUGAUGAGGGAGAUUCCUCAGCUGAACAAGCUGAUGUAUGGAGCCGCAGAGGUGGCUGGGCAGUUCCUGAUUAAACUGACCCAUGACUUUGAGCUGAACCUUGACUAUGAGAUGUACAACAACAAGAUGCUUUCUUUUUUGAAAGAGCUGAUGCAAUACAAGGGAGACGUAAAGGAGAUGGGGCUGAGCCUUCAGUGGCUGUAUUCUGCUCGUGGAGACUUCUUCCGUGCUACUUCCAGGCUGAUGACAGAUUUCCACAAUGCUGAGAGAACAAAUAGAUUCAUCAUGAAGGAGCUAAAUGAUCGUAUUAUGAAAAUGGAGUACCACUUCCUGUCACCCUAUGUGUCCCCGAAGGAGUUCCCUUUCCGGCACAUCUUCUGGGGCUCCGGCCCUCACACUCUGCAAGCUUUAUUGGAGAACUUGAAGCUGCGUAAGGAGAAUAAGGCUGCUUUUAACGAAACACUAUUUAGGAACCAGUUGGCUCUGGCUACUUGGACAAUUCAAGGUGUUGCAAAUGCUCUGUCUGGUGACAUUUGGGAUAUUGACAAUGAGUUUUAAAUGCCAUAAGCAUAACUAAUUUAAGAACAACAGGGUAUUCUGAUUUCUAGAUUUGUACUGGUCAUGCUAAAUUUUCCAUAAGACUAUGAAACCUAAUGUUAUAGUUCUAUCUUGUCAUCUUGAUAAUACUAGAUGUCUUUAGGCAGAGCUUUUAAUACCAGGUAGGUCCCUGUACUUCCAGUUAAAGUGAAUAACCACUUUAAAGAUUUUCCUCGAUUAGCUGUAGAAUUUAAGUGCUUUUUAAUGUAACUGCCUCUUUGCAUCCUUUGCUGAAAAUGUGAGAACCAGUUACACGAACUAUUGCUGUAAAUCCCAAGGACAUAGGCUGAUGUCUUUAGAGAUGGGGGAGUAGGUGUUUUGUCCUGGAGGUCAGAGUGUUGCUCAGUGUGAUCCUUCAUCACAUUUGAUGUUGGCAGGAGCUUCCAGGUUGCAAACCUCGUUCUCUAGGUGAAACACCCCCACCCCCCACCCCCUCCUGUAAGGACUCAGCUGGUCUCCGCAUCCCUGAGUGAAACAGUUAGGUUCAGAGAGAUAGGUCUUAUUUUCUUGCCAACAAGGCCUGAAAUACAGAGGUCCUUCCACUGGGUCAAAUGAGGUUCAAUUGUUUAUUGCAAGAUAAAGGCCUUAAAGUGUGAACUUCGAUAUUAUUAAAAGUGGAGACCAGACACCAAAGACUUUUAGUAUAUUUUCUUUUCCUCUUACCUUCUUCAUAGCCUUUGUUUAGUUCUUUAUUGUUUUUUCCCCUUCAAAGUUCUGAAAGAGAACCAGUCUUAGGCAUUUAAUUUUAGACUCAGUUUGUCAGAUUUUAAAGAACAUAUUGCCAAAUUUUGGCCAAAGUGUCAAUCUUUUGGGAAAGCUUUCUAUCAUUUUGGCACUGAAAUAUUUAUUGUUUAUUUAUCAGUGACAGAGUUCACUAUAAAUGUUUUUUUUAUAGAAGAUAAUUAUCGGAAGCAGUGCCUUCCAUAAUUAUGACAGUUAUACUGUCGUUUUUUUUUAAAUAAAAGCAGCAUCUGCUAAUAAAACCCAACAGAUACUGGAAGUUUUGCACUUAUGGUCAAACUGGAGGGUCCUAGAAAACAGCCGCAAACCAUACAAAAUUGUAACAGUAAGUAAUUGGAAAAAAUAAAUUUAAUUAGGAUUGCUAAUUAAGAUGAAAUUCCAUUUAGCUGGCCAGAUAAAAUUGAUAGCUCUCCUAAAUGCAACGAAUUCUGACCAUGUUAUUGGUGAAUGUCACUUAAAGGCUGUGGUAAUACUCAUAUAUACAGAAUUUUACAGCUCAAUUUGUCUAUGGUAUAACUUAAAUUCCAAUUUUGCAAAAUUUCCAGUACCUUUGUCACAAACCUAACUGACAUUAUCAGGAGCAGUGUCUUCCAUAAUGUAUAAAGAACAAGGUAGUUUUUGCCUACCACAGUGUCUAUAUCGGAGACAGUGCUCUCCAUAUGUUACACUAAGGGUGUACGUAAUUAUCGGGAACAGUGUUUCCCAUAAUUUUCUUCACGCAGUGACAUCUUCAAAGCUGAAGAUCGUUAGUAUCUAACGUCGUUAGAUACUAAGAUCGUUAGUAUCUAUCCCCGACUCCCUGUAACUCCUUUUACUUUUAGUCGCAGAAACAUUUUGUGGUCAUUAAGCUCUUGGUGGGUAAUUCAAUUGCUAUAAAACUGCUACUUCCUUCUAUAUACUUUUUUUUAAAAAAGCUUAAUAUGGGUGUUUUGUUACCUUUGUGGUUUCUCCAUAUCUUCUGUGUAGUGGAAUAGUAGCAUACAUUGGUUAUGUUUGCUGUUGGUAAAUGAAUUUAACUGUCUCCUCAUUUGUAUGUUACCUGUAAACUUAGUUCAGGUGUUUGAAUCUAGGGUUGAACUUUUAUCUUCAAGCAGGGGAAGUUGUAUAGGUUUGGGAGGUAGGGGUGCAGGCUGGGGAGGUGAAGCUUGCAGGAGGAUCUUUGAUCAUGCCUAUCUCCCCGUUCUCGCAGGUAGCGAUUUGGUAGAUAAGCACAAGUAUGAGGCUACAUGAGUAAAGGCUUUAUUUUCUACUCCUCCACCAUGGUAAGCCUGAUAAUCAACUGUUUGUCUAGGGCAGUUGUAAAUUACCACCGCACCGAAAAGUCAGUACAUCCUUCAAUUUGUGUCACUUACCUAAGUUACAGUAGACCUUGAUUACUUUGCAGCCCCACUGAAUUAUGCCGAUGUUUAGUGUUACUAAAUGAAAAAAAGCUCCGUGACUUCCAAGGGACAAUGUGAGUCAAGGGCAUGCACUGUCCUGUAGUGGGUCUCUGGGAAGCCAGCCCUUCUCUAUGUUAGGGCUUACUGCGAGUCAACAAGCUAGUCAAUUGUAAGAGGCUUCAUGUUCCUAAAGGGAAUUUUGUCUGACUCGUGACAGCCUGCCAGUCUUCAGAGAAUGUUUCCUGGCUAAGACACCUGUGGUUGGGAAGUGAGGGAUGGAUUGUGACCUGUGUUGUGACUCUGAUUGACUGUGCGAGUGCUCGCGUGGCCUCGCUGUGUAAAUGCUCUAUAAAUGCUGGACAUUGUAGAUUCACCACCCUCCUGUAAAUGAGUGCUGUGCCCUGGUUAAUGUCCACAACCUGUAUGUGUGGCAACAUGGAGGUUCCUCAUCUGACAAUAAAAUGCUUGAAUACUCA